AUGUCCAAGGGAACAGCAAACCAAACUCAUUAUGACAAAUUGAUGGGGAUUUUUACAGGAUAUAAUGAUGUCUGCAAUGCUUUGUACAGGCUGAAAACAAAUGACGAAGAAAAAUUAAACGCAAUUUACAAAAAAAUCGAACAAAACCUGAUUGACUCUUAUCGAAUUCCGCCUGGUGAAAUUAUCGAUAAAAUAUCCAAACUUUCAAUUUAUAACAACCGCUACAUGAAAUCAUAUUUAGCGAUUGCCAAACAAAUUGUUGACGAACACCAUCUAAAUCAGGUCAACGAAAUCGACGACGUUUUUAAUUACCUUUUCUGCAAAGAAUACAAUAUUGUAUUGAAUGAAAACAGGCAAAAUCGUUUUAACAAUUUUGAAUAUUCUCAUUAUUCAUCUGAUAUUCACGAACAAAAAACAAUUUACAGAUCUAUUAUGGAUGAUGACAAAAUAGCAUUUAUAAAUUUUACAGAAGGAGAAGGAUUUGAUAAAAAUCAAAAAUUAAAAAGUAAUUUAUAUCCAUAUUCAUUUGAUGGUAAUUCAUUACUCGAAUUAUGUUGUUAUCAUGGAUCUGUUGAUUGUUUUAAGAUCUUAAGAACGAAAUUUCAAUCUGAAAUCACUCCAAAUUGUCUUAGAUAUUCGUUUUUGAGCGGAAAUCCAGACAUUAUGAAUGAAUGCUUGAAAGUACAAACGCCAGAUCAUAUAUGCAUGGAAUAUGCAAUAAUAUCACAUAAUAUCGAUUUUGUCACAUUUUUGAUGAAUGAACACAACAUAGCAAUUGAUUUAGAAUUGUGCAAUGAAUACAAUAAUCUCCAAUCAUUUUUAGUUUAUUUGGACCAAACAAAGGAUAUCAACACAUGUUUUGCUUAUUCUCCGAAUUUCCAUCUUUCCUCACUUUUAGAAUAUCUUAUUUCUAAAGGUGCAGAUAUCAAUGCUAAAACCGAAAAUGGAUCUACUCCUCUUCAUUAUGCAGCCAAGGAAAAAUGCAAAGAAGCUGCAGAAAUUCUUAUUUCAAAUGGCGCAGAUAUCAAUGCUAAAGACAAAGAUGGAUGGACCCCUCUUCAUUAUCCAGCCAGAUAUAAUAACAAAGAAACUGCAGAAAUUCUUAUUUCAAAUGGCGCAGAUAUCAAUGCUAAAACCGAAAAUGGAUCUACUCCUCUUCAUUAUGCAGCCAAGGGAAAAUGCAAAGAAACUGUAGAAAUUCUUAUUUCAAAUGGCGCAGAUAUCAAUGCUAAAACCGAAAAUGGAUCUACUCCUCUUCAUUAUGCAGCCAAGGGAAAAUGCAAAGAAACUGUAGAAAUUCUUAUUCCAAAUGGCGCAGAUAUCAAUGCUAAAACCGACAAGAUUUUUUUGCCAAUCACUUGA